CACAUAGAGCCAUUAACAAAGAACUCUCUUCGGUUUGUAAAACAAUGGCUUUAAUACAUGGAAAAAAACUUACCAUAGUCUUCUUGUUGAUUUUGCAGACUUCCACAUAUCAAGCCAUGUGCCGCACGUUACUUGAAGAUUCCAUUGUUGGGAGAUAUCAGCAAUGGAUGGCUAAGUAUGGACGCAACUACGAAGAUGAUGCUGAGAAGGAAAAGCGUUUCAAGAUAUUCAAGGACAAUGUUGAAUACAUAGACAAAGUCAACAAUGAAGGGAAUCGCACUUACAAGUUAAGUGUCAAUGAAUUUACAGACUUAACAACUGAAGAGUUCAUUGCUACUCGUACUGGAUACAAGAUUUCCUCCCAGCCCACUUCACCCAAAACUACAUUCAGAUAUGAAAACCUGACUGAAAUUCCAAUGACUAUGGAUUGGAGAGAGAAAGGAGCUGUUACCCCCAUUAAAAACCAAGGCCAGUGUGGAUCUUGCUGGGCCUUUUCGGCUGUGGCAGCAGUAGAGGGGGUCAACCAGAUCAAAAAUGGCAACAAAAUCUCCCUUUCCGAGCAACAACUAGUAGACUGUGUGGAAAGCAAUAAUGGCUGCAAUAAAGGUUCCAUUGAUUAUGCCUUUGCAUAUAUAAUACAGAACAAAGGACUAGCCACUGAGGAAAACUACCCAUAUCAGGCUAUGGAUGGAACUUGUGACCAGCAAAUGGCAUCUAAUGUUGUAGCUCAGAUAAGUUCAUACGAAGACGUACCUUACAAUAGUGAGGAGGCAUUACUACAAGCAGUGGCCAACCACCCAGUUUCAGUUGCCAUAGAAGCUUAUGGUCGUGACUUUCAGUCCUAUUCCAGUGGAGUUUUCACAGGAGAAUGCGGGACCAAUUUAGACCAUGCCGUUACUGUAAUCGGGUAUGGAAUGAGUGAUGAUGGUACCAAGUACUGGUUAAUCAAGAAUUCAUGGGGCACCACCUGGGGUGAGAGUGGCUACAUGAGGAUUCAGAGAGAUACUGAAGCACCAGAAGGUGUUUGUGGCAUUGCCAUGAGACCUUCCUAUCCGGUGGCUUAGGUACCCCAACGGUGACAGAUCAAGUCACCUAUAAGUAUUGCUCCUUCUUUCACUAUAUGUAUGUUAAAUUUAUUAUAGCAUAGAAAAUGCCUAUUUUGCUACUUGUAUCAUCGAAAUUGGAACCAAGUAAUAAAUAAGCUAGCCUAGUUGCUACGUUUCCCAUAAA